AUGCAGCAAAAUUUCGAACCUUCCGAGUUGGACUCCAUUCAAAUAGGAGAUUUCAUAGAAGUCUUGGAGGGUGAGCACAUGGGGAAGCGCGGAGUCGUGGACUGGCUUGCUAAGGGGGACAACAAACUAUGGCUCCGGGAUAUUUAUACUAUGGAAAGCAUCGAGUCCAGUGGUGGAUUGUCAAGUCUCUCGGUUCCCAUAGCAAUAGUUCAGCAGAUGGACCUGACUGCAACAAUUCAAUACACAAAGGAAAGGGGUUAUGACAUCAGACCUGGAGACAUUGUGACUGUUGUCCAUGGGCCUGAGUAUGAAGUGAAAGGCAUUGUGCAAAGCGUAGACUUUCCAAACGCUCACUUGUCCAUGCUGUGCGACAGUGAUCACACACUGAUUAAUGUUCCAAUUGGAUUUGUUAUGAAAGUGCGCAACACCGCCUUGGACUCUUUCAAGAAGGAUAUUGGUCAAGAAGUUUUCAUCAUUGGAGGUGGCUAUAAGGGCUAUCGAGCCACACUCUAUAGUCUUGGCGUCGAGGCUUGCACUGUCGCUAUUCAUGGGCAGAUGUGUAUCACAGUCAAACUUUGCGAUGUUGUUACCAAGUAUGAAAUGCGGCUAAACGGGGUGAUGCUUGAAGGCCCGGAGUUAAUUUCGUUCUGUGUCAUGCGGAAAAAAUCGUACUUGGCACCGCCAUGUCGGAGCACCACACCACCUAUCAAAAAAAUCCCCUCCAGCUCCUCGACUUCCAUCAUGGAACACAUUCCCUCGUCAUCUGAUUCUUCAUUGAGUGUUAAUCCAAACACAUCGACAUCCGACCCGUGGACUGUUGAUAAACUCGAUACUCAAGACAAUAUUGAUGUUGGAGCAGAGAAACUCUCAGACAGUGGCCCACUAGCUUGGUUGAUGACCAUGUGUCCUGCUUGUGCGCAGCAUCUGAGUGAGGUAUGCACGGUUCGCUGGUUUUCAGAACAGAACCUAGGCAUUUAA